GCUAUUGUUUUGAACCACCUUAAUCCAUCAACAAGGAUUUCGUUUGCAAAAAUCGCAUUCAUUCGCUUGUCCAUUGUGAAUGGCAAUAAUUUAAGACGACGGAAAGAAGAAGCACUAAUAAAUUUGACAGCUAAAUCAAAGUGGACAGACAAAUUUGGACAAAGUUGGAGCAAAGUACCAAAAAUGUAUGCCAUAACUCGUUCACUGAUUCGUUCACCUGCCCUGCGUCAGGGUGUGCAAAGGCUGCAAGUGGCUGCUCCGGCUCGGCAAGUCACUUUGAAAGUUGUACCUGCAAGUGAUGCGGUUCCAACGGAGACAUUUGAUGAGAAAAAUCAACGUCUUGGACGUGAAUUAUCUCCACAUUUAACCAUCUACAAACCACAGUUAACAUCGAUGCUGUCGAUCACUCACCGUGGCACAGGUUUUGCCCUGACUGGCUAUGCUUGGGCUUUGGGUCUAGGUGCAUUGAUGUCUUCGCAAGACAUUUCACACUACGUUACUAUUAUUGAAGGCCUGCAUUUGGGGUCUGCGACAUUAGUUGCACUUAAGUUUGCCUUGGCCUUUCCAUUGGCAUUUCACUCUUGCUGCGGUGUUCGCCAUUUGCUAUGGGAUACCGGCCGUUUUCUAAAAAUUACUGAAGUUUAUUUGACUGGUUAUGUAACUCUUGGUAUUAGCCUCGUACUGUCGGCUAUUUUGGCUUGUUUGUAAACAUAUAACUGAAUCAGUUGGAUAUUUUUCUUGUUACCUUAUGUUGCAGAGAGCUUAUUUAAAUUUAUUUGGAAUAUUGGAAAAUUAAAGUGAUCUUAGCGAAAGUAAAUAACGAUA